AUGGGAAUCCCAGCCCCGAUAAUUACCACAUCACCGACAAUGCCUUCAUAUCACUCGACACUCGCAUCAAACAAAUCCAUUGCAAACAUAUCUUUGCUCACCUUUCGGACCAAAUUCAGGGGACCCGUCGUGACACUCAAUUCAGACCACUUGGGAAAAGACGACUUGAAUGGCGUAGACAUCGUCGAUGAGGCCAUACUUUACUUUAAGGCCAACGUCUUCUUCAGUUCGUACGAAAUCCAAAGCGACGCCGACCGUCUCAUCAUUUAUUUGACACUUUAUAUCAUUGAAUGUCUUAAGAAGAUCCAAAGGUGCAAUAACAAGAACGCUGCGCUCCAAGAGUUGGCUCAGUUGGCGAUCAGUCGCUUCGACAUCCCGGGUGACCCCAAGUUCCCACUCAACUCCGUGUUUCAGAAGCCCAAGAAUGGUGAUGAAGCAGAGCUGAUGCGGUCAUACAUCCAACAGUUGCGACAGGAAUGCGGUCAACGGUUAGCGAGCCGUGUGUUUGACACCGACAACGGGCCGCCCUCUAAGUGGUGGACCUGUUUCGCCAAAAGGAAGUUCAUGAACAUCAACCUCGCGGGACCCGGCAAUUGAUUCCUACCAUUCAUACGAUAAUUAAAUUAAUUUCCAAUUAUUGACACUUUUGUCACUGAUAUCUAGUAUUUAAUCCGUUAGUGAAACUGUAAUUUUCUAUAUUAUUCCAUUAAAUGAGUAUUUAUUGAAAUGUUUUUAAUUAUGGUUUUUAAUUAAGAAUGUUUUUUAUAUUCAUUCCAAUUGUUAUGAUCAAGAUCACAAAUUGAAUUUAUAUUUACACCUUUUAAACAUUACUUUUUACUCGCAAU